AUGGGUGUCGUGUUCAUGUACGUGUGGUACGUGGUCUUUGGCAUGAAACUCAUUGAGCUGACUAUAGUCACAAGGGAAGCUACAUCAUCGCGAAUGAACUGCCAGCUGGCAUGCGUCUGGAAUGAUGGACUCGUUGAAUUACUUCAGGGCUUUACCAAGUUCGUCGAGGGCCGUGUCGUAAACCUCCCCCUAGCGACGAAUGUAUCUGUACGCAUCAAUACGACCCUGUUUGCGGCAGUGAUCGUAAGAACUAUAGCAACAGCUGCCAGCUACGAUGUGCACAGAGAUACAAUCCAGGUCUUUGGCAGGAAAUUCAUUCAGCUGACUAGUUACAAGGGAAGCUACAUUAUCGCGAAUGAACUGCCAGCUGGCAUGCAUCUGGAAUGGUAUCAGGACCUAAAUAUCGGCCCAAUUGCUGGGAUAUCUUUCUCUGGUGUUGGAUUUACAAGAGCAGAAAGGGAUGAAGAGGAGGGGAAGAACAGUGGGGAAUUCAAGGAUAACCCCUUCAUUGUCACGUCGUCUUCGGCUGCGGUAGCCAUUGUCAACGGUGAUAGCUCACAAGUAGAGGUUGUCUGCAAAGAGUGGACGUCGCUAGACGAAGAUCGCUGCGUGACCUUGUUCAGAGCCACGCUGGAGACGAAGGGCGAGUCGUGGGCGUACGUUGGCCGCCAGAGGGCGCACUACAAACGCGUCUGCCAGAUCAUGUUUGGCGUGAAGCCAGAUUCGAAGUUUCCGCGUCUGAUUUCUCUCGGAGAAGACAGGGUUCUGGUUGAAUACGACUUGGAGAAGAGCACGGAGAAUGAUCUACACUUGCAGAGCAGCGAGAGGUUGGAGCAAACCGCUGUGCCAACGUGUAUGGCGUGGUACCCGUCACUCACCAGCGAAGACUUCAUUCUCACCGCAAACAACCAGUUCAAGAUGAAACUAUACAACACAACGACCAAGAUGUGCAGAAAGACAGUGCUUGGUCCAAGCUAUGGAACUCCCUUGCAAUGCCUUCGCAUUAUUCAUCGACAAGGAAAUUCUCGGCAGAAAAAGAAGUUCUACGCCGCUCACAGAACUGCAGACAAGGUCGGAUUGCUGAAGCUGCCGCUGGAUGGCAACCCUCAUAACUCGCUGGCAGUCAUUGGACACCCGGGCGAUGUGGUAGAUAUAUGCUGCAGCCACGAUGGUAAAUCCAUGUUCACAGGUGGCGCCACCGAUGCCACUGUCUUCAUGUGGGAGAUGAACUUUGAUGUGUUAGAGGCAGCCUCCCAUCUAGGCGGUCUGGGGAUCGUACCAUUCUACGACCUGCUGGAAGGUGGCCAGUCCGGCACUCUAUUCCGAGAGAUGGAGAAUUUCUUCUACUAUGCCCAGAUAAGAAGUCAGGGCCUGAGGACGAUGGACGUUCACAGAGUAGCCAGUACGAUGAAAGUGGAGCAAAUUCCGUACGUGAUGAGGGCGCUGGGGUACUACCCCACACAACGCGAGAUUGACGACAUGAUGAACGAGGUGAAAUACAGCGACUACGUAAAACGGGAGAGUACAAAACGACAUCAACCUAGAAGAUUUCAUUCAGAUUGUUCGUCAACCACCGCGCCCGCCGCAGCACCACCAGCAGAUAUCCUCGACGCGUUCUGCACACUAGUGCAGCACGGAGCUGGCGCGCGGAACCUGCUCGAGCAGCUGCAGACUCGAGAGGAGCACAUGUCAGAGCUUGAGCUUCUGGACGCCCUGGCUGCACUGACGGGUCAGUCGUACACGGACGAGAUCGCAUCUGAUGACGAGGACGCCGCCGCCGCUGCUGCCGCGGCCACCUCCUCCUCAUCCUCGCAAUGGAUAGAGACUGCCUCCCUGAGGUUAUCACGCCUCAGGUGUCACUGACGAACUGCUCGGCUUUGGAUUCUAGUAACGAAGCGCUUUAUUUGCG